AGGGUGGCUGCGGCGUCAUCCUGGUGGCGGAGCAGGCUGAUGGAGAGCGACUGUCGGAUCCCCGUGGCGUGCUGUCGGCCUCGAGUCCUUGUCCUCCACGCUCUGUUCUGGGGCCUCGUCUCCCUAAGGGUGUUCGGAGCAGCUUUGCUGAGUGAAGAGAGAACGACAGCGGUGAAACAGACGGCCGCCCCCUGCUGGUUGCUGGAGGACUUUGUGGUGACGGCCGAGUGUUCGCCUUGUACCGCUUUUCAGACG